UAAUAUGCGACGUAGGUAACACAAAAAAUAACAAGAAUUGUUAGGGUAGAUAGUUUGCUUCCCAUUGACUCUAAUAAAUAAUCCUACACUUCGUUGACACGGCAAUGUGAAUAAUGACCAAAGAGAUAUUCAAAGUAAACAUCAAUCUGUAUAGAUUUCUUAUUGUUUUGUAAAAUGUUUCUUGUUUGAGUUGAAUGAACAAUUUAGAGCCGAGAGAAUAUGGAUACAAGGCUUUACGAAGCCUCAAUAAGAGGAGAUGUGAAUUCCUUAGUGGAGUUACUCCAAGAAGAUCCAUUACUUCUACGUAGAGUAAUUACUAGUUUUCAUGAAACUCCUUUACAUAUAGCAGUCAUAAGCAACCAUGUUGAAUUUGCCAAGAAGAUUUUGAGCAUUAAACCUGAACUUGCAUCCGAGGUUGACUUGCAAGGACUCUGCACACCUCUACAUGUAGCUUCGGCCGGAACAAAUGUUGAGAUGGUGAAUGUGUUGUUAAGAGCUAAUCCAGAUGUCUGCAGUGUUAUCAAUGGUGAUGGAAGACUUCCUUUACAUUUAGCUGUCAUCAAAGGUCGAGUUGAAAUUGUCAAAUUAUUGAUCCGGACUCGGCCUGAAACGGUUCGUGCGUUGACGAAUAAAACAGAAACCAUACUGCACUUGUGUGCAAGGUAUAAUCGUUUGGAAGUGCUGAAAUUGUUGGUGCCAACGUUUAUGCAGCAUAAUAGCAGUGAGGAUCAAGUAGUUGUAUCCAUUAACUCACUAGACGAUGAUGGCAACACAAUCUUGCAUCUUGCUGUUGCAAGUAAACAGAUACAGAUGAUAAAGUAUUUACUGAAAGACAAUCUUAUGGGAGUUGAAGCAAUAAAUACUAUAAACAAGAACGGUUAUGCAGCUCUAGACAUCCUAUCACAAAAUCUUAUAAGAGACUUGAAAGACAUUGAAAUUGGAGAUCUUCUCCGAGAUGCUGGAGCAUUAAGAGCCAGAGAGCAACAAUUAGCAGCAGCAUCAACAAUUAGCUUGAUAAGUAAUCGGAAUGAGAGAUAUCUUGAGAAUGAUAACCGGCUUACGAAGAAGCACAGUGCACUGAUGGUGGUAGCUUCAUUGAUAGCAACAAUGGCCUUUCAAGCUGGAUUGAACCCCCCCAGCGGUGUUUGGCAAGAUCAUUUAGAAAAACCAGAACGCCUAGCUGGAACCUCCAUAUUGGCUGAUAAUGCCCCACGAAUCUAUAUCUUAUUCAUGAUUAGCAACACUACGGGAUUUUUGGCUUCCCUAAGCGUAAUCUUGCUGCUUAUAAGUGGAUUACCAUUAAGGAGAAGAUUUUUCGUAUGGCUUCUUACGGUGAUUAUGUGGAUUGCAAUCACAUCUACAGCCUCAACUUACAUCAUCGCUCUGAUAUGCAUUUCAGCACAGCACAUUACUUCUCCCCUUAAAGUACUUAAAGGUUUAUUCUUUGCGUGGAUAGGCUUUAUGUGCGUCAUUGUGUCGGUGCACAUUCUCCGCUUACUCUCAUGGUUAUUCAGAAAAUACGGAAUAAUACCCACAAGAGUGCAAGUCAGAGGAAGCUGAAGAGAUACUCUCAUUUAAGAUAUUGAUGUCAUUAUGAUUUGCUAUAGUAUAAAAUCAAAUUGCCCAUAUUAAAUCAGGAUCGCAAUAAAUAAUGUAACCAGCAACGGUUUCACAGCUCUGGACAUCUUGCACUCCGACUGAUUGUUGCCGAUAAUUCCAGAUACUUAUCCACCAUAAGGACCAGUAGGCUGCUUCAUGUUCGGCAAGUUUCUCAAAAAUUCAACAGGCGAUCACUACUCCAUUUCUUUUACAAACAGAACAGCUUGUUGUAACCUCCACAUAUUUAGCAGAUUCUUGGCUUCCCUAGAAUGUAAUAUCUUAUAGCAAUUAAAUAUCGAUUGCGAUCACCUUGAUCUACAGCAACUGCGAACUGUCACCUGCUUAAUUUUACCAUCACUUAGCCAACUGUCUCAGCAUCAUGUUGCUCAUAUAGGUGAACUGCUCAAUUUCAAAUGAUAUCUGCAAUUCUGCAUUACUUUGAGGACGUAGUGUUCGCUUGGCUAGGGUGUGCACAGAUUCUUCGCGUGACCUCAUGGGUACUCGGGAAGCUAUGGAUCAAGUCAAAACAUGAGCAAGGGU